UUCGGGAACCUGUAGCCCCGCUCUCCACGCGUCCCCGCCCCCCGUGGCCCCGGCCCCGGCCAUGAAGCGCUUCUUCUCCUGCUCCAGCUCACAGGUGGCGGUGGAGAGAUGGAACCGCCGUGAUCAGAAGCUGCUGGAGGCGGUGCAGCGGGGGGAUGUGGGGCGCGUGGCUGCCCUGGCCUCGAGGAAGUCAGCCCGGCCCACCAAGCUGAACUCGAAUGGCCAGUCCCCGUUCCAUCUGGCAGCCUCCAAAGGCCUGACAGAAUGUCUAACUAUACUGCUUGCGAACGGGGCUGACAUCAACAGCAAGAAUGAGGAUGGAAGCACGGCCCUGCACCUGGCCACCAUCUCCUGUCAGCCACAGUGUGUCAAAGUUCUGCUGCAGCACGGCGCCAACGAAGAUGCUGUGGAUGCAGAAAAUCGUAGUCCGUUGCACUGGGCAGCCUCCUCUGGCUGUGCCUCCAGUGUGCUCCUGCUGUGUGACCAUGAAGCCUUCCUGGAUGUCCUGGAUAAUGACGGACGGACACCCCUGAUGAUUGCAUCACUGGGAGGUCAUGCAGCUAUCUGCUCACAGCUACUGCAGAGAGGUGCCCGAGUUAAUGUCACAGAUAAGGAUGACAAAUCGGCUCUGAUCCUGGCCUGUGAGAAAGGCAGCGCCGAGGUGGCUGAACUGCUCCUGAGCCAUGGGGCAGACGCAGGGGCGAUGGAUGGCACAGGGCACGACGCUCUGCAUUAUGCUCUUCGCACUCAAGACAAAGUGUUGUGUCAGCUGCUGCGGCAGGCUCUGAACCGGCGGGGGCAGCGGGGAGGUCAGGGGCUUGUUCAACAUCCAGAUCUUGCAUCCCAGGCCUCCUCAUCUGAGCCUCACGUGGGUUCUCCACCUAAGAGCCCAUGGAGAGCAGAGCCCGAGGAGGAGCAGGAGGAAGAGGAGGAAGACCCAUGCCCAGAUGAGUGGAGGUGGAAGUAUGAAGAGGAGCAGAGGAAGGUUUCUCAGUUGGAGCAGGAGCUGGUGCAAAAGACUGAAGAGGCGAAAACUCAGGCUGCAGCCUACCUGGGCCUGGAGAACCAGAUUCGAGAGCAGGUGCAGGAGCUGGGGCUCCUCCUAGCUCAAGAGCCUGGAGCUCCCGGAGGGCAGGGCUCUAGUCUUCGGCCUGGAGGAGAUGGAAUGGAACAGGGCUGUCCCUUGGGCCUGCUGGCCGAGCGCAUUCAAGAGCUAAGGAAACAGCAGCAGGCAGCAGCUGCAGUGGCAACCAAGCCAGCAUUAGCUUCUAAGAAGGCUGAGGAUUUAGCCUCGGGGGGCAUUCAGCAUGAAGCCCAAGGAAGGCUCCAGCCAGAAGAACAAGAGCCACCCCAGAGCCCAAGGUGUGAGACCGCUGGGAAAGCCACAGGACAGCAGCUGAGUGCCAAUGGUGGACAGGCCCUUGGCCGGGAUGGUACUGACGAGCCAUGGGCUGGUCAGAAAGAGAAGCCCCAGGCUCCUGGGGCUGACCCGAUAGGCACAGUGGCUGAACCCAUGGGCCCAGCAGCCAUGAAUCAGCUCCUUGUACAGCUGAGGGAGGAGGUGGCAGCCGUGUGGCGAGAAAAGGAUGCUGCCCGGGGGGCUUUGUCAAGACCAGUCCUGGAGGGGGCUCUGGGGACACCCCAGGUGGAGGCUGCAGCCGCUGCCUGGGAGAAGAUGGAGGCCAGGCUAGAGCAGGUGCUGGUGAGGCUGGAUCGGGCAAAGGCAGGAUUACAGGGCAAACCUCAGGCCCCUGCCCAGGAGCCCAGAGAGGGAGCCCCAAAGGCAGGCCUGGUGACCAUCACCAAAGAGAAUGAAGGGAAGGAGAAGAAGGCUCCUGGAGCCCGGGGAGAGCCUUUGGGAGCCCCGGGAGGGGAACGGCUACCCGGAGGCUGUCCGGCUAAGGGCCAGCUGGAGAAGGAGGUAGCAGCACUGAGACGGAGCAAUAGCAACUUGCUGGAGGAGCUGGGGGAGUUGGGGCAGGAGAGGCAGCGGUUGCAGGGGGAGCUGCAGUCCCUGAGCCAGCGGCUCCAGCGGGAUUUCGUUCCCAAGCCAGAGGCGCAGGUCCAGCUGCAGCAGUUGCGGCGGAGUGUGGGGCUGCUGACGGACGAACUGGCCAUGGAGAAGGAGGCCACCGAGAAACUGCGGAAGCGCCUGGCCUCCCAGAGCAGUGGCCUCCAAGGGCUGUGGAACUACCUGCCACCGGACCUGGUGGGCAAGGGGAGUGCUGGGCGCGCAGCGGGGGAGCCCCUGGAGGAGCUGCAGGCUUGCAUCAGCAUCCUGGUGGAGCAGCACCGCGAGGCCCAGAAGGGGCUGGCUCGCCUGGAGGAGGAAAACCAGCAGUUGCGGGGAACCCUGGCCCCACUCGGGGAGCCGGGCACCUUGUCAGAGGCCCCCGCACCGCCCCAGGUGGCGGCUCUGGAGCAAGACCUGGGGAAACUGGAGGAAGAGCUGCGGGCCGUCCAGGCCACGAUGAGCGGGAAGAGCCAGGAGAUCGGGAAGCUGAAGCAGCUGCUCUACCAGGCCACCGAGGAAGUGGCCGAGCUGCGGGCCCGGGAGGCUGCCAGCCUGCGGCAGCACGAGAAAACACGCGGUUCGCUGGUGGCCCAGGCUCAGGCGUGGGGCCAGGAGCUGAAGGCCCUGCUGGAAAAGUAUAACACAGCGUGCCGGGAGAUGGCUCGGCUGCGCCAGGCGGUGGCAGAGGAGCGGCGGCGGAGCGGGGACCUGGCCACACGCGCGGCCGAGCAGGAGCGCCAGGCAGGCGAGCUGCGCGCGCGCUCCCAGCAGUUUGAGCAAACAGCUGAGCAGUUCAAAGAUAAGGUGGACCAUCUCAUUGGGGCUUGCCGGGACAAGGAGGCCAAGAUCAAGGAAUUGUUGAAGAAGCUGGAGCAGCUUUCAGAGGAGGUCUUAGCGGUUCGGGGAGAAAAUACUCGCCUUGCCCUACAGCUUCAGGAUUCCCAGAAGAAUCACGAUGAGAUCAUCUCCACCUAUAGGAACCAUCUGCUGAAUGCUGCGCAGGGCUACAUGGAACAAGAUGUGUACAAUAUUUUGCUGCGUAUCCUCAGCAUCCAGGAGGAGUGAGACAGCCAUGCCCUGAGGGAUGUGUGAUUUCUCUGUGGGAGUAAGAGCAUCCCUGGUCGCCAGAGGCUCCACCAGGUUGGGGAGGAGGAGGGGGCAGUUGGUGGGGAUGGGUGGGUGGGGUUUCACCUGACAUUAUGGAUCCCAGACCUGAAAACCUGAAGCCUGGAGUCAGCACUAAUGAGACCAGAGGAGGGGGCACAUGGAGGCCAGCUCUAUGGAAAAUAAAGCAGGAGGCAUGUAGUGUUGGGUGUCAUGGUUUUCUCUGCUUAAAGGGGAGU